UUUGCGACGCCAUUAAUUUUACAAAUGUUAUUCAAUAAACUGUUCAAACUGUUUGACACAACCAAACACUUCUACGAAUGUAAAUGGGUAAAGUCAGAAAUUGACAGUUUGUUAUUAGAGCAAGCAAGGGAAUUUAAUCAAAAUGAAUUUUCAAGAGGCAUAUCCAGAUACAAGUUCCUCUGUAGCAGCAGCAGCUUUGUCAGGAGAUAAUAAAUUAUUGAAAAGAUUAAUUAGAUCAGGUAAAGCAGUUGAUGUUAAAGACAAUCGAGGUUGGCAACCAGUGCAUGAAGCUGCAUUCCAUGGUAACAUUGCAUGUCUCAAGGAAAUCCUCAAAUGUGAUGUAGAUGUUGACAGUAGAACAUUUGAGGAACAAACAGCCUUGAUGUUAGCAUGUAAGAAAGGUCAUUCUGAUUGUGUAUCUUGUCUACUCAAGUCUGGUGCAGACCCUAACAGCACUACAAAUGAGGAGUAUUCUCCACUAUGGGAAGCAUCAGUUAACGGGAGUUUAGAAUGUAUGAAGCUUUUACUGGGUGCGGGUGCCAAUGUAAAUGGAAAAAUCUACACAUUAGAUACAGCAUUACAUGCGGUGAUACAUCACCAUGACGAUAGUAACAGUUUACUAUUGGUCAAAUGUUUGGUGGAGGCUGGUAUAAACCUUACUUUACAAGAUGAAUCUGGUCUAACUGCUGUAUUUACUGCUGCCCAGUUCGGAAGGACAAAAUGUUUACAGUAUAUAUUAACCUGUGCUCAUGAUAGAGGGAAUGUAUUCAAGAAAGAGCUUGUGAACAAAGCAGCCUUUGACCUAGCUACUCCACUUUACCUGGCCACGCAGAAUGAUAAUGUGGACUGUGUCAGAAUCCUGCUUCAAAAUGGAGCUGAUGCUGAUCUUGGUAUAAGUGCUGAAGACAUAAAACCAGGCUUUCUCUAUACACCCCUACUGUUGGCUUUAUAUAGAGGUAACAAGGAAUGUGUUGAGAUCUUAACACCUGCAACUGAUCUUACAAAUUUCAUAUGGGAGAUGAAUGAUUUUGAUCCUGAAAUAAGAGUAAACUUUAACCCUGUAGCUAUAGCAGCAAGUCUAGACUCCGAAGAGUGCCUCAGAAUUCUUCUUGGCAAUCCAUUCUUUUCAAAUCUUUAUAGUGGAGAAAAGAACUUGAACUACCUGGCAGAAAGAAAUCCCUUUAGUUUUGAUAUUAGGACAAGACCUGCAGUGCUUUUAACAAAAAAGUUUAGACCAUUCUUAGAGGAGUGUUUAAGAAGGGAUGAAUUUGCAUUACGGAAAUGCAUUGGAUGUGUUAUUGAGAAUGGUUAUAAGUAUUUUCCUGUAUUCAUAUUAAUGUUGAGACUUGGUGUAAAUGUUCACUUUCCCAGAUAUUGGCUUGACCAUGUUUCUAUGGCACCAUGCGCUCUUGGGUAUUUCUGUGCUAUGUUGAAGUAUACAGUGAAAGGAAAUAGCAGUAGGGGAAUUAUUGACACACACAAGUAAGUGUCCAGAUAACAUUGU